GCGGAUUUAUGUGCUGGGAGCGGGGGCGAGCCGGGCAGCUGGAGCGGCGGCGGGCGGGCCCAGCUCGGGCACCAUGGGUGUGAUAGGUGUACAGUUGGUGGUUACCAUGGUAAUGGCUAGUGUCAUACAGAAGAUCAUACCUCACUAUUCUCUUGCUCGUUGGCUUCUCUGUAGUGGCAGUUUACGGUGGUAUCAGCAUCCUUCUGAAGAAGAACUACGGAUCCUCGCAGGGAAACAAAAAGGAAAGAGCAAAAAAGAUAGGAAAUAUAAUGGUAAUAUUGAGAACAAACCCCUGACCAUUCCAAAAGACAUUGAUCUUCACCUGGAAACAAAGUCUGUGACUGAAAGAGACACUAUUGCACUGCAUUAUUUUCCAGAGUAUCAGUGGUUGGUGGAUUUCACUGUUGCAGCUACGGUUGUGUAUGUGGUAACAGAAGCCUAUUACAGUAUUGUGAAGCCCUCGCAAGAAAUGAAUAUCAGCGUGGUGUGGUGUCUGCUUGUGUUGGCUUUUGCAGUUAAGGUACUGUUUUCGUUGACUACCCAUUAUUUCAAAGUAGAGGAUGGAGGUGAAAGAUCAGUCUGUGUCACCUUUGGUUUUUUCUUCUUUGUGAAAGCAAUGGCAAUUCUCAUUGUGACAGAAAACUAUCUAGAGUUUGGACUGGAAUCAGGAUUUUCGAAUUUCUCAGAAAGUGCUAUGCAGUUCCUUGAAAAGCAAGGUUUGGAAUCCCAGGGUCCUGUGUCUAAACUAACCUUCAAAUUGUUCCUGGCUGUUCUGUGUUCACUUAUUGGUGCUUUUUUGACAUUCCCUGGCUUGCGACUGGCUCAAAUGCAUCUGGAUGCUCUGAAUUUAGCAACAGAAAAAAUAACACAAACAUUGCUGCAUCUAAACUUCCUGGCACCUUUAUUUAUGGUUCUACUAUGGGUAAAACCAAUCACUAAGGACUACAUUAUGAACCCACCCUUGGGCAAAGAGAGCAUCCCUUUAAUGUCAGAAGAUACAUUUGACACUGUGAGGUUGUGGAUUAUAAUCCUGUUGUGUGCUUUACGGUUGGCUAUGAUGCGCCAUCAUUUGCAAGCCUAUCUGAAUUUAGCCCAGAAAAGUGUAGAUCAGAUGAAAAAGGAAGCUGGCAGAAUAAGUAUGGUUGAUUUACAGAAAAUGGUGGCUCGGGUAUUCUAUUAUCUUUGUGUAAUUGCACUGCAGUAUGUUGCACCAUUGGUAAUGCUCCUUCACACAACUCUGCUCUUGAAAACACUAGGUAAUUAUUCUUGGGGCAUCUACCCAGAUUCUGAAACUCCAGUGGAAAACAGUCUACUUCCCAGUUCAGUUAAUUCUGAGUCUCCACCUACUGAUGGAAAGAUGAAAGUAACUGUAGUGCAAAUAACAAUGGCUUUGGGAAGCCUAAAGAAUAUUUUCACUCCUCUCCUGUUCCGGGGACUCCUAUCUUUUCUCACUUGGUGGAUUGCUGCUUGCCUCUUUUCUACAAGCCUUUUUGGACUGUUUUAUCACCAGUACCUGACUGUGGCAUGAACAGGUCAACUGACAAAAGCAAGUGCGAGGUCAAAUGCUAGUUGCAAACCCAGGUACCCAAGAGGAGGUGAAGACAAAAGAAGAAAACUAUAUAUAGGAAGAGAAAACAUAUCUGAAUUUUUUUAAACACUUCCUCUGUGUUCUCAGGGUGAAUAUUCUUAAAAUGUUUAAAAUCACAUUUUGUUACCCAAAUGGUAGGUAACUAAUUGAAUUAUAGUUUUGGGACUGACUGACAUUACAAUGUGGUAGAUGGUGGUGAGCGUGCUGAAAAGAUAUGGCCUCUGAGUAUUUUGGUUUCCAUAAUCAGCAAGCCAACCUCGAAACUUUGUGUUUUAAGCAUCAACAGUCAGUGACUGGGCUGUGUUAGAAGGGUACUGGUUAUAGUGAUGGUGUCUGCCUAUCGAUUAAAUCUUGAAACUGAGCCAUACAAUGGAAGGAGAAGAGGGGAUUAAAAAAAAAUUCUGUUGGAUAGCUAUUGAUCACUUUUCUCCAUGAAAAAUGAAAUAAUCCAACAGGACAAAAAAGAUACUGUAUAUUACAGUAAAGAAAAUUGUGCAAAAUUUAAAUUUAAUAGGAAUAGAUGUAUGGACCUGACAGGUAUUGCUGCAGGAAAAAAAGGUUAUAUUUUGCAGGAAUGCCUGUUCAGUAAAAAGAGAGUUAUAAAAAGAUAUAUUAUUUCAGUCCCUGCAGUCAUUUAGAAGUAAUGGCCAUCUGUAUUGGUGCUAAUAUUGAUCCACAGUUUCCAUUUGGAUCUUUUAAAAAUGUCUUCUUUUCGGGUAGUACAUAAUUUCCAUUGAAUUCACAAAAUAAUAGCAGAAGAUUAGUGACACCAAUCAAACAAAACAGAACAGUUUAAUCCUGCUGACUGAGAGUGUGUGUAUCUGUGUAAUGUACAUAUAAAUAUAUAUUAUAUAUUAAAUAUAUAAUAUAUAUGAAGUUAUAAAAUAUGGAGUCUUUAUUUUAAAUUACUGAAUGUAUCUUACAGGGCCAUGGGAGAGGGACGUAUAUGUGUCUAGUAAUUUCAAGAUCCCUUUUGAAAUUAAAAGUAAAUUUUUUGCAAGUUUAGUGGAAAGGGCUAUUUGGUUUUGGUGCCUCUUCAAGGGUACUUAGCUAUACUAAGGAACUUAGGCUCUUUUGGAAGAAAAGAUCCACUCUAAACUGUUAAUCCUGAAAAGUCUGUUCUGUCAGAUCAUCAUCUUUUGCCACUCUAGUCUGUGUUAAGUUGGCAGUAUGGUAACAACUAGUCUCUCUUAGCUUCAGAAAUAGAUUUUUCAUAUAAUAAACCAGCUGUAGUAAGGAGGAGAAAAGUAUUAACUUAUUAGGUUUGUUUUACUGGAGGGAUUGAUCAAGUAUAAAACCGUUGUAAAAGUAGAAUGACAAUUUUUUGGAUGUUUUACAUAAUUGUGAAACAGGAAUGGGAAUUUAUAUGCACUAGCUUUUUAAAAACGUUAAUAUUACACUUUGCAGAGGUCAGUGGGUUUUUUAACUAAUACUAACUGUUUUUAUGUUACUGUUCUUUUGAAUUUGUGUACAGCUUUGGCAUAUCAUAAACAUUUACAAAUAGAAAAGCUUAACUAAUUACUUAAUAUGUAGCAAACUUACCAUUUGGGAAAGCAAACUUAAUGAAUGCAGAAAAUCAAGAUUUUAAGCUGGUGAUAAACUGUCUUAAUGUGUUGAAUGUCUUUAAAGUUAUUUUCUAGUUUAUUAAUUUGCAUUUACUGAUACUAGGGAAAAAGUUGUGUACACCAGCUAGUAUCUACUGCAUGUGUUUGAGAUGUCUGAGAACACCUUGCAUGGUUCUGCUGGUUUUGUUGCAGUAUAAUAUUUCAGUGCUAGUGGUGGUGGAAGCUUUUUUUUUUUCACAGCAACUUUUCGUAAUUAAUGGGGAUAAAAGCUUAACUGUGUGAAUUGUCAUAAAGAAAAAUAAUUCACGUCAUAGAUUAAGAUCUCAAAACAUUCCUAGGAAAUGUGUUUAGGAUACAUAAAAUGACAACAGGUCCAGCAAUACUGGACCCACUUUCUGCUAGUUUGAGAUGUGUCAUUACUGAUCAAAUUACUAAGGCCAGCUCUUAAGUUAUGGUUAGGUAUUCAAUGUUAAUGUUGUAGUCAGGAAAAUAAAACAAUAUAGUGCUGUUUCAUUCGGGUAGUGAACUGCGCUGAAGAAGCACAGUAUGUAGGAGACAUAAUCUGUUGUUUCCAUCUGAAGCGUAGGAAUAGACUUUGGAUUCUGGAGAUUUCAAAAUCGUGUUAAGUAACAGUUUCUGUUGGCAUAGGUAUUUAUGCUGAAUGCUCGUAAGUAAAAGUGAACUGUAGUUAUCUAAUACUGCAUUCAGCAAAGGUAAUUGUGUGUGUAGCUGAGCUUAGCAGAGCUUUUGGUAAGUGGUUGUGCUAUCUUAUUCUUCAGACAUCACACUGGUCACAGUGAAAAAUAGGCACCUGGAUGUUGCAAACUUAAGAGCAAUGCUUCUGGUCAUUGCUGUUUCAUUGUUCUGCAGAAAUCAAUGGUUGGCCUUCUGGUCGGCAGUCUGAUCUGAGUGGAAGAUAGUCUUUCUUUAGAUCAGUUUAAUCCAUAUGUGAGUCUAGGAGGCUUGUUAAAAACUAAAACAUAGCAAUAAACACCUUUUGAAAUGUGAGAUGACUGAAACUAGAGCGAACAUACUGCAGUGGUUGUGAGCAAUGCUUCCUACAACUAUGUGGUAGGCUGAAAAGUGACUUUAAAGUAAAUGAGUACUGUGAUAGUCCUCACUUAUUUGUGUAUAAUGUAAGCUUCAAAGGAGUAUCUGCUGACUUCUGUAGGAAGUUCCUUUAGAACAGCACCUGGCAAAUGCUUUUUCUUCAUGGAGACUUUUAUCAGCACUUGGAGUGGCAGCAAGGGAAACCAUCUUGCAGAAAUAGAAAAAGCAGGUAAAACAAAUGAAAGGUUGUAGUUUUUAUUUAGAUUUCUUAAACAUUUUGUCUUGCUUUUUUGCCCACUACUUACUUAAUUUCUAAAAGAUUUUAGAAGGAAAGGUGCCUUUGACAAAACAGUCAAUGUUUCUUUUCUUCCUCAAUUCAGAGCUCCCUUUCUCACUGCUGUAAUGUAACUUAUUAGCUUGACUUCUUAUUCACAAGCACAGUUUUUUCCCUACAUUCACUACACAAGGCUGACUGGGCUAAGUUAGUUCAAAGUUGUAUUUUGGUUUUUAUUGUUUUGAUUUCAAUGAAUCUAUUUUUUAAGGGUUAGUUCCAUUAAGUAGUUUAAAUAACUUUGAAUUCAAGACAAAAAGUGAACAGACUUAAUGAUUGUUUAAACACUGCACUUUUAUUAUGGAAGCUCCUUUAGACAAAGUAUUAUGAUAGUGAUAAAUCCAGAUCUUCUGACAAGUUCAGGGAAGCCCCAAAUAUUAUACAUGGGCUAUUUCAGAGCGGUCAGGAGAAUGGAUUAUGCAAGCCCAUCCUUCCACUUUGCAGAUGAUGUUCUCAGACAGCACUUGUUCUUUUCUGAUGCCUUCUCAGACUAUAGCAUUUGCCAGGUUUUGGGGUAUUUUUAGCUGCACAGUUUUUUCUCUUCCAGAUUUCUUAUGCAUAAGAAUCCACAGAUAAGUAACAAAGGAAAAGCAGAUAGCAUCAGUACAAGAGAACGUCUUUGUACAGAAGGAAAUUAUUUACAAAAUGAAUUUCUGUGGCAAUUGCUCUUCACUUUCUUUGAGUCACAAGUAGAGGAGGAUGUGUGAAUGGAGAUGUGUGCUUACCUGAGCUGUAAAUUCAAACUCGCCUACAAACAAAAAUGACAUCAAGAUAUGUGAACACAGCAACGAGGUAACAUAACUUCAAUGUAUAAAAUAGUUAGGGAGUACAGAAAUUUCAACUAACUUCGAAGAAACAAUUAUAAGUUUUGUGUUUUGUCACCGUAACUGCUGCUAAAUGGUAACAGAGGUCUUACUAAUCUUGAAGCCAUGGGAAGGUGCUACAAGGUGAAAGUCCUUAUGCCUCUCUAUUUUCAAAGGCCUCUGUUUUCCCUUUGAACAGUAGCUUGUUUCUCUAGAGAUUUUGAAUGGUUUUUAAAUGCAGUGUUUCAUGUUUUGUUGUAUGAUGUGAGUUGCACAUUUAUUUUUUAGCCACAAAAAUUCUAGACUUGACCCCACAAUGUCGUUUUGUCAAUACCAAGUUACUAGAAUGUUUUAGGUUAGACUGGAGAAUUAAGUGCAUAGUGAAAAUAUUGAAUGAAAAUGAGGCCAAAGAAAAUUAUAUGUUUUCUUGGAGAAGUCUUUCUAUUACGGCUUAACAAAAUCUGAAUAGAAGAAGGCAAUAGCAGGUCACCUAUAUCCUAAAUCAAAUAUUAAAUGUGAAUGUUUACCAUUAUGAGUAAGUAAGACUGUUAUUUUCAGCAUCUGCAGCCUAAGUCCUAAAUCCCAAUAGCAAAUUAAGAGCAGUAUUUUAACCUCACUGAUACUUAACUCUGAAGGCCAUCUAGGCAACAAGUAAGGAAGGUGAAUGUCUGAUCUAGCUAAGCAAGCUGAUACAGACUACUCAAUCUGUGCCUUGGAGUGAUUUUUGUGCAGCUUUGUCUUUAGGACAGUCUGCUAUGCUGUGUGGCUUUGGCAGCGUAUGUUACGACGUGGAUGAAAUGUCUGUUCUCUAGCACUAGACUGAAAGAUCUUCCCUCUCUGUGGGUGAGGUCAUGAGGCCAAGAUACUAUUUCAAGGCUGCUUUUACUGACAUCUGUAUAUGCUGCACUGAGCUUUUUCAAGUCUCUCACUGUGGAUUGCCAGGAGAAUAAUGCUGCACUGGAUAUUGUUUUGCAUGCCAGUGUAUAUGUAUUUUUGUAACUUUAUUUUCAAUGGCAUUUUUAAUUGGAAUUAUUUUUAAUCCUGAUAACAUGGAUCAUCUUUUCAUAUUUUAAAUUAAUAUCAGUGCCUGAAACUAGAAAACAAAUAUUAUACAUUAAUUUAAAAAAAACAAACAACUUGAUGUCCAGACUGAAGUAUUAACAAGUAUGCAGUUUUCUAUCAAAGUGUGGAAUUCACCUGUAAAUACCAAACUUUUUCCAUGUGUGAUCACACAUGAGUCAGGAAUCCUUAUUCAGAUUUCCAGCGUUUCUCUCAACAACAUGCUAUCUGUGUGACUCCACUAUUUAUAGAACAAACACACACCUCAGCAGAGUUUUGAGAGUAUGUUUCUCAAACUCCUUGAUGGUAGACCAUUUCUAUUUAUUUUAUGAUGCUGCUAAAUAUUUUCUGAAACCUGGCUUAAGAUAUCUUGGGCUUAAAGCCAACCCUGUUCUCUUUUCCUCUGUCCAUUGUAACUCCACUUCCUGUACAUGUUCAAGGAUUAUGGAAUCCAUAUUAAUAGCAUUUUUGAUAAAAACCUAACAAAGAAAAAUGCACCAAGAAUUUUAUUUCCUAAAUACAAUACAUACUCAUGUCAUGACGUGCCAGCAGAUUUUACUUCCCUCAUCUUCAGUCAUUCCUUUGUUCCAUGGUUCAGUCUUGCACCUCUUCAGUAUGUAAGCUUUGCUAGGAGGAAUACACAUGGGGAAAUAUUCUAAUAGCAAUCACAGGAAACUUUGUCUAAUGUUUCAGUCUUCCUGUUUAUGUGAGCAAAUAUUAAUGUAAAGAUGCUAUUAAAUAAUUUAAGCCUAGCGUUUCUCAUGAGGCAGGCUUGUUACAAAUUGCACAGGGAACAUGAUCCAGGUUGUAAAUAUUUUCCUGUAGAUACAUUUCGUUGUUGCUGUGAGCACACAAAUUCAGUGUUACUGUUCUGUUAAUUUUUAAGUGAGAAGCACAUAAUACUUCCUACUGUUGAACAACCCUAAAAACGAAAGACUCCCCUCCCUUCGUUUCAGUAUUUGCCAAACGUUAUCUGUGUAGAUGUUACCAUCCUCUGAUUGCUAACUUGUACUGUUAAAACACAGUUUUUGUAAUUACAGCUUUACAAAUGUUAAGACCAUCAUGCUUCAGAGUGAAGAUGGUGCCAAACGGUUCUUGCAUUGUCCUGACAGGUGUUGCAUUACCUGCUGUUUCAGAACAGUCUCAUUCUCUUUAUGCUUUAGAGGUUCAUUGGGAUCUGUGAACAGGAGAAAAGCUGGGGAGUUGCUCUAUUUUGGGUUGGGGUUUUGUGGGUAUUUGUUGGUUGUUUUUUGUGAUUUUUGUUGGUGUUUUUUUUUUCAGUCGAUGUGGACAAUACUUAGGUACAGUUACUACAAAUAACCUAUAGUAACAGAAUUGCAUUAUUCCUCUACAUUGUAUACUGAAGUGCCUAAAUGUCGGUGGAGGUGUUUAAGUUUCUUGCAUGUACCUUUGUAGUUAUUUUGCUACAUAAUAGAGAAUCUACUUUUGGAAAGAAAAUUAAAGGUCUGCAAGCUCUUAAAAUGAGGCUUGCUAUAAAAUUGUAAUUUGUUUUCAGUUUUUGACAUAUAGGAUGCCCAUGUGUGUUAGUGGGUUGUUACACAUUGGAGGCAAAUAAGGUUUUGAAGAAAUCUUUUUCAUUGCUCUUACUUCAGUGAUAAUCUAACGACUUUGCCCACUACCUGAUUGGCAUGUUAACACCUCUGUACCACUUAGGCAUUCAGUUUUAUUUUUUUUAUGACUAAGAGAAAUGACUCAGUCAAUCCUGAAAGGGUUGACUUAAACUAAGUUUUGUAGUGACACCCUGGGUGUUACUUAUACCUCAGUCAUGCAGGCGGAUGGGUGACUUCAGCCAGGUAGGUAAUUCUGCUUAAGCUCAGAAAGACUGCCCCGGAGCUUACCCCAUACAUGUGGAUCUGAGGGGAAAAAAAAGAGCUGGAUUGUAACAUGGCCUUCUGGCACUGGGCAAAGCAGUUCCAAAAGAAAUAGCACAAGUUCCACCUCAUACCGGUUUUGCAGAAUGCUCUUAGGGUAUCAAGUAGUGAAACCACCCUUACCUUUCAGCUACUUACUUGCCUCUGAGAAUGGCAAGAGCUGAAGGUUAAACCUGCCUGGACUGGUUGGGCUGGAAACUGUAAAAGUGAGGAAACAGCGGGUGCUUGCUCUUGAGUUAAUAAUGCAUUCUAAAUGUGAAGUGCUUGUAAGUGGAAAUGGUGUUGCUAAUUCAAAUCUACCAAAGGAAGCCUUCCUCUGAGGAAGACUUGUAAAAGCAUUUUGAGCUUUUAGCCAUGAAAAGUGGCUGUAGCAACCUGUACUGUAUAUAGUACAUGAUUUGGGAUAACUUUCUCCAGUAAGCGUACUAAACAUUUCCUUACACUAUGUGUAAGAAAUUACAUUGCUUUCUUUUGGUUUGGUUUGGUUUUUGUUUUUUUUUUAACUGUAGAGCAUUUAAGAAACUGGUUUUGUCUUGCUCAGUGUUACCAUGGCAGCAUUUUAUUAAUGUGAAAAUAGUAAGAAUUGAUUUGUCAUCUAAGCAGCUAAAUUUCCUUUAACAUCAGUAAAUUUUGCAAAAUGAAGCAAGGUUAUGCUUUCUUAUUUCUCAUUGCUUCUGUUGAAAUGUAAUUUAACUUGCAUUACACAUGCAUACACAUUAUUAAAAUUAAAUUUACAUCUAUUAAUUGCUAAUGAUAAUACCACAACAAAUCUAAGAGAAACUGUGAUAUCUGCUCUGUAUCAACCACCCCAUCAACUUGCUUGCCUUUGUAAAGCAUUGAUCCGUGUGAGACUUGUAAUGUCUACUGCAGUGAUGCUCGUAUAGCAUUUUAGUAUCCCAACAUGUACUCUGCAUGCCUCGCACUUACACACUGUAGAAGAGUAGACCGUUUUACAGUACUUACUCUAGGCUAAAAAACACCCUUCCAUUAUUUUAUAUAGUGUUUCCCUUAUCCAAAAUAGGACAAUUUCUAAAGCCAAAGAUAAAUAAAUGUUAUAUUGUCUAUCAGUGUGAUUUUUUUUUUUUUAGUAUUUUGUAUGAUACGCCCCACUUAUUAUCAGCUUGUGCAAAAUCUCAGGUUUGCCAAAGACUGUGUGGUAACCAGACAUCUCUGUUUUUAUGCUACUCUAAAUUGUUUACCUUUUUGAGAAAUAAUUGAGUUGACCAUUUAUCUCUUCCUUGUUUGAGGUGCAGCAGAAUAAACAAUUUUCUAGCAUAAAUACAGAUAAUGUCUUAUAUGAGUAGUGGUUGACCCACAAAGACCCAUUUAUACAUUUGAUACAAAUAUUUUCAUCUCUGAGCAUUUCAGAAUAAAGAAUUGGGAAUAAUUUAGCUUCCUGGGAAAAAGCUACAUGUCAUGAUGAGUGGGGGAAAUUCUGAAUCUCUCAGUACACUUACAGGAUUUACUGGCUGUUGUCUUUGACUAUCACCUUUCCUAAUAGGAAGCCACUUAAAAGGGGUUUGGUUUUGCUGCCUUAAAAAAAAAAGAGAUGUAAUGAUAAUGAUAAAAAUGCAUUACAUGGUCUUUUCUAUUU